CUGGCUGGGGCCCGCCCGCGGGGCCGGCCGCCUGUCAGAGGGAGGUGGCGAUGGUGCGCCGGGUGGCGGUGGCGGCUGCGGCGGCUUCCUCGGUCGGAGUGCAGAGCGGAGAAGAUGACUGACCAACCGACUGGCUGAAUGAAUGAAUGGCGGAGCCGAGCACGCCAUGAGGAGCCUGCCGAGUCUGGGCGGCCUCGCCCUGUUGUGCUGCGCCGCCGCCGCCGCUGCCGCUUCUGCAGCCUCGGCGGGGAAUGUCACCGGUGGCGGCGGGGCCGAGGGGCAGGUGGACGCGUCGCUUGGCCCGGGGCAGCGGGACGAGCCCAGCCACCCUUUCCCUAAGGCGACGGCUCUCUGGACCCAGACCCCGAGGACCGGCCCCCCGCGGACUACGGCCAGCCGACCCUUGGCUGCGACCUCUUCAGCCCAGUCCCCGGAGACCACCCCUCUUCGGGCGACGGCCGGACCCGCUCCGACCACCUUUCAGGCGCCGCUCGGCCCCUGGCCGACCACCCCUCCGGAGGUGGAGCGCACUCCCACCACUCCUCGGGUGCCGACCAGACCCGCGCCCACCACCUUUUCGACGACCACUGUCCUGGCGCCGACCACCCCUGUAGCGACCACCGUUCUGGCACCAACCACUCCCGGGACCCCGACCCUUCUCUUUCCUACCAGUAGCAGCGGCAGCAGCAACAGCAGCGGCGGCGGCGGCGGCGGCGGCAGCAGCAGCGGCAGCGGCAGCAGCGUCCCGCCCACCCCACCUGCCACCGAGGCCCCUUCUCCUCCCCCAGAGUAUGUAUGUAACUGCUCUAGGGUUGGAAGCCUGGAUGUGACUUACUGCAACCUGACAACAGGGCAGUGUGAGUGUCAGAAAGGUUAUCAGGGACUUCACUGUGAAGCCUGCAAGGAGGGCUUUUACCUGAAUCACACUUCUGGGCUCUGUCUGCCAUGUCACUGUAGUCUACAUGGGGCCCUCAGCAUCCUCUGCAACAGUUCUGGGAAUUGCCAGUGCAGAGUGGGUGUCACCGGCCCUACAUGUAACCAAUGCCAAGAUGGAUAUUAUGGCUUUAGUGAGAAUGGCUGCUUGCCCUGUCAAUGCAAUAAUCGAUCUGCCAGUUGUGAUUCUCUCACAGGUGCUUGUUUAAACUGCCAGGAAAACAGCAAAGGGGUUCACUGUGAAGAAUGCAAAGAAGGAUUUUAUCAGAGUCCUGAUGCCACUAAAGAAUGUCUUCGGUGUCCUUGUUCAGCAGUGACAUCUACAGGCAUUUGCACUAUAAAAUCGAAUGAAUUGGGACCUAAAUGUGUCCAGUGUAAAGAUGGUUAUACAGGCCCGAACUGCAAUACAUGUGAAAAUGGCUAUUACAAUUCUGACAGCAUUUGUACACCAUGCCAGUGUCAUGGUCAUGUGGAUCCAGAUAAAAGUCCAAAGAUUUGCAAGCCCGAGAGUGGUGAAUGCAUCAACUGCCUCCACAACACCACUGGGUUUUGGUGUGAGAACUGCCUAGAAGGUUAUGUUCGAGACCUCCAGAGAAAUUGCAUCAAGAAAGAAGUUAUUGUUCCAACACCUGAAGGUUCUACCAUUUUGGUUUCCAAUGCCUCUUUGACCACAUCAGUGCCCACCCCUGUUAUAAAUAGUACAUUUACCCCCACAACCCUGCAGACUAUCUUUUCAGUAAGCUCUUCUGAAAAUAGCACUUCAGCUUUAGCUGAUGUAUCAUGGACUCAAUUUAACAUCAUCAUUUUGACAGUCAUCAUCAUUGUGGUGGUGCUGCUAAUGGGAUUUGUCGGGGCCGUAUAUAUGUACCGUGAGUACCAAAACCGGAAACUCAAUGCCCCCUUUUGGACCAUCGAGCUGAAAGAAGAUAAUAUCAGUUUUAGCAGCUACCAUGACAGCAUUCCCAAUGCAGAUGUGUCGGGACUGUUGGAAGAUGAUGGCAAUGAAGUGGCUCCCAAUGGGCAGCUGACCCUGACGACACCCAUGCAUAACUACAAAGCCUAAGGAGCUGGAUUGUUAAACUACAAUGCUUACUAAAACAGCAUCAGCCCUUGAGCCAGACAAAGCCUGGGUAGAGUUUGCUGAGAAAGCAAAGGCAAAUAGUGCAUCUGAAAUUUGCAGGUACAAAUCUGUAAUGCGCUUAGCCUAUCUAUUGCUUUUAGUAUUGCCAUGAAGAUCUGAAGCAUUGAUUCAUUAAGGACCUGAAGUAAAGUAUAUUUUUGUACCAAACCACAUGGGAGUAUGGAAAGGCUGAACCCCAUAGUGCAGCCCAAAUCCUCUUUGACCUCCAAAUAGACUGUUGGGGAAGUGUUCGCCUCGCCAACAGUAACAGGAUGAUGGUUGGGAAGGGAGGAAAGGACUGCUAGAAGACUUCAUCUCCAUUCCUGAAACAUUUUUUUUUUAAAGGAGGGCCAGGGAUUAUUUUGAUUUUACUCUCCUAAAAAACAUCAUUGAGGAAAAGAUGGUGUCUAUGCUGUAUCACAAUGAACAAUCUUGAUUGUUUCUAGAAUAAAGGCAGAAAAGUCCCAAGAAGAUCUUUAGAAGGGCUUGAUUUUUUUCCUCCCAGGAUUCUCACUCAAUGAUGAGAUUAAAGCACAGGAUGAGCUUCUAAUGGUAGAGAACAGAAGGCAGCAUUGGGGGAGCAGGAAGCUGAUGGUCCUCCUCAGGGGUUCUGUGUAAAUGAUAAAUUGUCUAAAAAUAGGAAUAUUCCUGCCUCUAGAGAAAUAAGGUGUACAUAGUUAAUGUAGCAUAUCUGGUCAACAUUGUAUUUGUAUCUAUUUGUAAAAAAAAAAUUCAUGUCAUAUUUUAUCAUCUAGAAUUUAUUUGUACAGCAGUUAAUGGCACUGUAAAAAGAAAAUAUGGGUAUUGGUUAAAAAACUGUAAAAUAGAUGGCAAUAUUGCUAGAGCUGGGACUCUGGUGAGCAUUAGUCAUUUUUAGUCCCUCUUUGGACAUUGUUGAAAUUUAUAAGAGGUUGAAUGUGUCUAAUCUUUCUUUCCUUUCUCAACCUAAAAGUAGAGUUAUAUGCUCUUUGACCUACUAUAGAUUCAAGCAAUAGAUUUUGAAGUCAAUAAAUGUUAAGCUGGGACACAGGCUACAUUCUCCAAAACACUCACCUAAUUAGACACUAGCCAUUCUAUAUGUUUUACAUAGAUUAACAUAAAACAUUCUCAUUGAAAUAUUUUUUCCUGAAUGUAAAAGUUAGUCUUCCAAAGGAUAGAAAUAUUUGAUUUUCAAAAGAAAAGCCAUCAUCUCACUUGGGAUCCCUGGUUUUAAUGCCUGUGAACUAUUUAUAUCUUCCACUCAAAAAAACAAAACAAAAAAACUCUUAUAAUUGAACAUAGCCCAUCACUCAUUUGCCCUCUCUUUGCAGUGCUAUAGUUCUUCCAUAAUCUUAUUGUCUGGUUAGAGGGUAGCUCUGUAGUUGAAUUUUUUUUUAAACUCCUGGAGGCCAACUACUGUUGCUCUCAUUUAUUAUGAUAUUGACAGAUUGUGGAUUAAGCAAGCUAAGAAAGGUGACCAGAAGUCAAAUACAGAUAUUUAUCAGGAGGAACAGCAAACAAUGAGACAGAAAAAAAUGAAGACUUCUUAGACCUAGGAAAUCUAAGUUGACCCCUUUGACUAACUUUCUAAGAUAAAACCCUAGAAUUUGUUACCUUUUAUAGGAGACCCCUACAAUGUUCUCAGGGUUUGGAAAUGAUGUUCUAGAGGAUAGGUAGGCAUAGAAUCUGCUUCUGGUAACCUGAGGAUAUUCUGCAUAUUUGACCAUUGAUCACAAGAGUAGACAUUAUAUUAUAUUAAAGUUAUUUCAUAUUUCUAUUGAUCUUUGUAGUUUACAAAGCACUUUUCCAUGUGUGUGCCCUUUGUUCCUACCAUAGCCCCUGAGAAAGUAAUCAUUCUACCCACGUUUAAAUGAGGAGACUGAGGCACAGAGGGGCUGAAUGUCUUAUUCAAGGAUCCUCAAUGUGUGUCAUUAUUAGGCUUGGAAUGAAGACUUCCAACUCUGAAGCACAUGUUCUUUCAACUAUACAUUGAUGCAAAAAUUUGCCUAGCCACACACAUAAGAAGGCUGGGAGGAAGAGUCCCAUUGUGGAUGUUUCUAAUUUUUUGUCAUUACCAGGUACAAUGCAGAGCCAUAGAUCUAGGAAGGACUCUAGAAAGAACACAGGAAGAUUACUAUCUGAAGUCAACAUUAGUGAUAAGAAAACAAAACUGCCAUUUCUGCUUCAUUUAGGUGAUCUACUCCCUUCAAGCAGGGAGGGGAAGCUUGGUUUCCUCAGAAGUUGCUGCAUAAGUGUAGAGGUUGUGUCCUGAAAUUCUAAGGAAUUAUGUAAAGUGACAUACCUGCCUUUCUCUGAUACCCCACCUCCUGCCAAAAGAAGUCAGGAUUGAGGCUGGUGAAAAAUAAAUGUGUUAAACAGAAGUUAAUCCAAUAAAGAAAGAAAGAGUGUCUGUUGGAGUCUAAGAGCCAAAACUAACCAGUUAGGAUUCUGGCCACAUAUAGAUUCCUUGAAAGAGACCUUAAAAGAUAUUGCAAAAAAUUGAAUCACAAUGUUUAUCUUGUUAGCAACUCUUAGAUCAUGUUCAUAGUUUUUCACAAAGGAAAAAUAUUAAGGCCUUAAUAUGUGUUUUAAAUAAUUUUCUUUAGUGACCUGCAUUUUUGCUUGUGGAAAUAAUUUUGCUCCAAAAUACAAAUCAAUCAUGAGUUGUUUUACCACUGAAGUCAGACUAGGAAGUUGGUAAGAAAUGAAGCACUGCACACUGUUGCUUCCUCUGAAGGCAUCCCCGCAAACUCUGGCAUCCAGCAAUGGGAUCCCAACAGUCCUUUAGAAGAAUAAAAAUUCUAGGGAUUAGGAAUGAGCUGUUUUAUUUCAACAAGAUAAUACCAACGUUGAAAUGGCAGAGGCUAUUAAGUGAUACUUUUAUCUUCAUUAAUUCAUUUUAAUAAGCCCUUAUGCAUUUCUGAUAGUUAGAUACUUUAGGUAGUAUUGUUAAGUAUGUCUUCGUCCUCCCUUACUUCCCCCUCCCUCCACUCUACCUCCCAGGGCUCUCUUAUUAAUGGAAUUUCUUCAACUAUAGGAAAAAAGUGAUAAUUUAAAAAAAAAACCUCAUAUUUAUCCUGAGGUCCCAUGGACCCAGUGUUUAACUUUUCCCAGUGAGAUCUGGAUUUUAAGAGAUAAGAACAAAUCAGAUAUAUGGAAUGGGAAGAGAGAGAUUUUUGAACAGGGUUUGUAUCAGCCUCGAAUUAUAUGGCUACUCUCCAGCUUUAAUAGUCCCAGGAUAAUUGACCAUCAGAGAAGUACUCACUGACUUCCUAGUUGAUUUUGGUCAGCUGACUGUCUUCAAGAUAUUUAGCCCUUCUUGUGCUAUUGUGGAAAUGAGGAGCUAAAGCAACAGUACUUAUUUUUGGAAGAUUUAAUUAGAACUGGGUUAUUACAUCAUUGGUCCUACACUUUUUGGUAAAUAUAACACCACCUGUAAUUAGUAUCUACUGGUUCUCCUAUUUUGGGUUAUGUGGUUAGGAGUUGAAUUUCCUCAUCUCAAAGGAAGCUCUCUUGCAAAGUGUUCAGAGAAGUUAGAGCUAAGAAAGUCUUCCUGGCCUCAUCCACAAAGAACCUUUGGUUUCUUUUGAUCUUGAGAGUAAGGAGUUUGGGAGCUAAAAUGGGUUUGAUGUGUGCUGGGAGUCAGGAAAGGUUAACAUAUAUUUCUCUUCAAUCCUGAGCCAGUCACUAUGCCAAGGGGAAAAGCAGGAAGAACACACUGAUUCAUCUGAAGAAGUCAAACAGGAUCAAAUGGACUAUAAAGGUUAUGAAUCAUUAAAACAUCGGUGGUUGAAUGAUGCUUUUUCCAAAGCAAUGGGGAAUCCUUCUUGUUACUUAUGCAUAUGCAAUAACUAAAGCAGCAGGCCUAGAAUGUGAGCCCAGGGCCUCAGAUUCAAAUUAGUCCAAAAGCAAAAUGAAUUUAAGUCAAGUUUUAAUGCUAGGCACAAGCACUCUGUAACAAGUUAAAUUUCAUCCCAAGUAAUUAGGGAAUGUUUCUGAAACAUUAAACUUGUGUUUAUGUCACUACAAUUCUAACACAAAUUUUAAAAACAUGUUUCACUCAUGUGCUGUACUAGGCUUCAUGAUGCAUUUCUAAAUUUGUGUAUGAUUUGAAUAUAUGAAAGAAUUUAUACAAGAGUGUUAUUUAAAAUUAUUAAUAAAUGUAUAUAAUUUGUA